AGCUGUGAUGAAGUGGUGAUGGUAGUUCAUCCAAACAAAGGUAAGCUACUUGGGUGCAAAAAACAGUAAUUUUGAUAAAAGGUGUAGUCACGCCCCCACCCUCCCCCCCCUUUGUGCGGUCACCAUUUAUUAUGCACAGGGCAGACAAAACCUAUAAUAAAACUUAUUCAGGAACAGGCCCCUUUUUCUCAAGAAUAAGCUUGGAACUAACUUUAUUUGAACAUUUGUCUUGAAAAAAAUGCAUACGGAAAAUGUUUCACCCAUAAUGUUAACUGCUACAGACAUGAAUCUAUACAUGUUUAUUAUUAAAAUCACUUGUUUAAACAGUAACCCAGCUAUUCAAAGUAACUUUUAAGGUAAACUGCAAAACACAAGGAUUUGAACAUUUAUGCAGCUGUCACGUUUAUCAGAAAGUUUUUUUAAAAAAAAUUGAAUUUACAAAACAACCUUUUCUGAUAGUUUUCUUUCCUAAAAAUUUUAAUUACCGGUACCCAAUCUAAAGUGCUCAUUUUGGAUAUAUUUUGUCUCUGCAUUAAGUAGUUAAAGAAUGUAUUUCUGAAGAAUAACAUACCGGUACCAACUUAUUAACUUUCCAUUAAUCAGAUUCUGAUAAGCUUUGUGAUCCCAUUUCAAUACUGAUUGCUUAAUUCAAUGUACCUUGAUAAGCUUUGUGAUCCCAUUUCAAUACUGAUUGCUUAAUUCAGUGCACCUUGAUAAGCUUUGUGAUCCCAUUUCAAUACUGAUUGCUUAAUUCAAUGUACCAAUGCAAAAUAAUUUUUUUAAAGAAAAUUUUGUAACAAUUAAAGAGUUAAUAACCUUUUUGUAUCUUUAAAAUUCAAAUCACCGUAGCCCUAAAGGCAUUUGCUGAUGUCAAGCAUGAGGCCCUUCUGCACAGCUGUGAUGAAUCCCUGACUUUUUCACCAUCUGGGCAUGAGUUGAGCCAUGCUGCCGUCAACGGGAACACAAAUCGACUGAAUGUCUGCUCCAGUGUCAGUGUUUACAGUGAUGAGCUUUUGUCCCCUGGGGCAGAGAGAGCAUGCCAGUUCAAAGGAUCGUCUUUGUGGUCUGAUGCUGAGAUUGUUGGGUUUGAUAUUUUUUAUUUAAAAAACCAACAUGCUAUUUUAUUUGCUAAUUACUUUUUAGGCUUACUGUGGUCUCUGGGGGUGCCCAACAUGAGGCCUGCGAUGCGGCCCGCCGGGAGUCAUGAUGCGGCCCGCCGGGAGUCAUGUUGUGGCCCGCGGAGCUAGGUAAAAUGAACAUAAAUGUUAACUGUAUUGUUCAAUCACCAAAAGAAUAGUACAUCAUGAGUCGUUCGUAUCACAUAUUUUUAAAUUUUAGCUAAGAGAAAUUUGAAAUAUCCCGGAUUUUGUGGAAAAUUCAUAGAUUUUAGCUUUUUCAAAUAUUCCGCUAUUUGACACUCAAGAUUGCUUAGUUUUUUUGUCCGACGCUAGGUUUUGAUAAAAUUUAAUAUGAGACUUCAACUUCUGGUAUAUAUGUUCUGUGGUCUUCGGGAAACUCGCAACGCUAUCGGGUUCAUACUCAUAACUACUUUCAGUCCAGCUUGACUAAAGCUCCAUGUUAUUUUGUUGUUUCGUUCUUUUAUCGCCACUGUGUCUGGAGAGAUUCUGCGAUCGACGUAAAAUACUUAUUUAUCAUAUUUAUAAUAAGAAUUGAUAUGCAACGAAUCUGUUUCUGUUUCAAAAGAGUGUAACAUCAAACGGUACUUUGAGACUAAACAGGCAAAUAAGUUUGAUAAGUACAAGUGCAAUUUCAAAAAGACCAAGUAAAUGACUUUUUAAAAAAAUUAUGCACAACAAAAGAUACAGAGGUUUCAGAGUCCACUUGCUAUGUUAAAGCUUGAUAUGCAAUAGCCAUGAUACUAGCAAAAAAAUCGAAGCCAUAUUCAGAUGGUGAAAUGGUUAUGGAAUAUUUGGAGAGCAUUGUUGAAAUUCUGUGUCUAAAAAAGAAGACAGAUUUCUCAAAAAAUAAGUCAGUCUUGUCAGACUGUUACUAGGCGUGUGGAUGACAUUGUUUUCAAAACAACAUAAAUGAACAGUGGGAUAGGAUAAAAAAUGCUAUGAAAAGAUCGGCAGAAAAAGUCGUAGGAUUCCAGCAAACUAACAAUAGAGUAGGAUGGUGUGAUAAUGAAUGCUGAGAGACUGUCGAAGAAAGGAACAAAGCACGAAUGAUCAUGUUACAAAGGGAAAACAGAAAGACAACACAAACAUUAAAGGAAGCCAGAAGGUAAGCCACAAAAAUAUGUAGGAAGAAAGAGCUAAGCUAAAAGAAAUGGAAGACUUACCAAGAGAGGGAAACAUCAGAGGAAUGUACAUGAAGAUAAAAGAGGUAAAGAAUGGAUAUCAAGUCAGACCGUAAAUGUGUGAGAGCAAGGAUGGGCAAUUAAUUACGGAAAAUAGUAAAGUACUGGAGAGGUGGGCUGAAUAUUUUGAGGAUAUAUUGAAUGCAGACAAUAGACAAGAAGAAGAUUAUCAACCACCACAGGGAGAACCUGAUACAUCUGUAAACUCCCCAAAUUUAGAAGAAACUAAAGAAGUAAUAAAUUAUAUGAAAAACCACAAAUCCCAUGGAGAAGACAUUAUCACAGCAGAACUGAUUAAAUAUGGAGGAAAAGAACUACACACUCAGCAUUAAUAACCACAAUACACAAGAAAGGCCCCCAGCUUCAGUGCACAAACUACAGAGGAAUCUCCCUAUUAAAUGUUUCUUACAAUAUAAUAAGGAAGCUAAUUGCCAAAAGACUACAACCGUACACUGAAGAAAUCCUAGGUGAUUACCAAUGUGGAUUCAGGCAAAGCAGAUCAAUGACUGAUCAGAUUUUCACCAUCAGAUGCAUAUUAGAGAAAUGUUAUGAAUAUAAGAUCCCAGUACAUCAACUCUAUGUGGACUAUAAAAUGGCCUAUUGCAGCAGCAAAAGAAAAUAUCUAUAUGAGACUUUGCAUGAGUUUGGCAUACCCAGUAAACUGACAAGACUGAUACAUGUAACAUUGAACAACUCAAAAGGCAAAAUCAAGGUUCAAGGAAAAUAUUCAAGGGAAUUUCAGAUUAGAUGAGGCCUAAGACAGGGAGAUUCACUGUCUUGUAUGCUUUUUAACCUAACAUUAGAGAGAGUUAUGAGAAACAUACAUAUUGACACCAGAGGAACAAUACAGGAUACUUUCUGAGUAAAACCCAAGACCCACAACCAUUGGGCAUUCUCUACAAUCAACCCCUUCAGAAUCUUGCAUAUGCUGAUAACAACCAAAAAACAAAAUACAUGACUAUGAUAAGAGAAGAACAGGCAUGCAUAAUAUAUACCUGGUCUCCCCAUACAUUAAUUACAUGUUGGUAAAUAAAGGCAGUGUUUUCUCAACAUAAUGACAUCGGAUUUCAUUUAUUUAAAGAAAAUUUGGCUCAAGGGUUUUAAAGCUUUCAAAGUAGCCAGAUUUUUUAUUACCUAUUCCAUAAUAUAUGUCAUAUGUAGUUAAGUUUUUGAACCAAAACUAAAAAAAACAAAGAUAUCAACAAGGACAGACCUUUCUAUCAUUGUAUCAAAAUUUAACUCUGAUUAUGUAUUGCCAGUAUGGGAUUCAAUCCCCAUUAUAUUUAAAGCACAACAGGGCUAUUAAGAUUUCCUAUUUACAACAAUGCAUCCGUGACAAAAAUAAAUCAAAGGAUGUGCCUUAAAAAUUUUUGUUUUGGCUUAUUUUAUUGUUACUCCUUUUUUUCUUUCUUUACUUUUCUGCUCUCAAAAUUUGAUUUUAUUAGUAUUUUAACACUGGAAAUGAAUUUUUAAUCACUUGCAAUAGCUUACCAAAAGAGAGAGAGCUUGAAAUGGACUUGGAAAACCAUGCUCACAGCCACAUGUCAAAGGACUACAGGGGGUCGGUGAGUUCUGUGGCCAUGAUGAUUGUGGUUGGGGACAUGAUCCACAACUUCUGUGAUGGACUGGGUAUCGGCACAGCUUUUGCCGGGAAUAUUGCUGGAGGUCUCAGCACAUCAGUCGCUGUGUUCUGCCAUGAGCUGCCCCAUAAAAUUGGUUAGUCAAAAAUAGUAUGAUUAUUCUUACAGUGUAGUUUUUUUCUUCACAUCUUUAUAAGAAGUAACAAAGUUUUUUUUAAAAAUGAGUAGAAAGUGUUUAUAUGCUUGAUCCUCCUAUGAGCCACUGCAGACGAAAUAAUUCUAAAAAUUCAUUGAACACCAGUUUAUAAAUUAAUUUAAAGAUGACAAAAUAGCUUGCAAAUGAAAUCAUGUUUCUUUUUUAAAUAAUGGACAUCCUUUCUUAGAACAUGGGGGUGAAAGAAAAGUUCCUUGUGUCUAAAACAGAUGACAUUGCACGACACAGUCAGUGUCUGUUUUUAAUUUGUUAAAGAAAAAAUGUAAGGCUCAUCAUAUCAAAAUAACAGUAUAUGUUACGGGUUUAACUUCUACAACAAGGCUUUCUGAUAAUGUUGUCUUCCUUAGGAGACUUUGCGGUUCUUGUAAGGUCUGGUCUGUCACUGAAAAAAGCACUGUUUUACAAUGUGAUAUCAUCAAUCCCGAUUUUCAUUGGUGCUGUCAUCGGACUAGUUGUUGGGAACUUGGCGGCUUCCUCACUGUGGAUCUUUGCUGGAGUGGGGGGAAUGUUCCUCUAUAUCACAUUGGUAGAUCUGGUGAGUGUUUAGUCUCAAUGCCAUCUCUGAUAGCGUUGAAAAAGUAUGUCUGCUUGUUUUGGUUUUUUUUGGUCAAAAUUAUUUUACCUGAGUUUGUUUUCACAUGAAAAUACACCUCUUAGAAAUGCAAUAAGGAAAGACAAAAUGGUUGUGAAAGAUUUAUGUAAACAAAUGCAGCUGGGUCUAAAUCUAAACACAUUUGUUCAGCUUACAAAAUGUAUAAUACCGGUAUUGAUUUUAAUUUCAUCAGGGUCUGAUGAAGAGCAUGAUAAUGCUGCCGGGCAUUACCACUGGCUGGUAAUGUGUAAAAAUUUAGAGCAAUUUUAAUUGAUAUAAUUUACUGCAUUAAGUCAUUAAGGUCAUCAUUUCUUUUCUGUCAAUAAACGCCAAUAAACUCAGGAGGUUUAAUUUAUGAAAUAUAAAAUAUUUUUAAAAUUUUAAUGCUAUGAAACAAUUUUAAGGUUCCAGAGAUGACCUCCGUGUACACGAAAAUUGGAGAACCUUGGUUUCUGCAUCUUCUGCUUCAAGCCAGCGGCAUUGCAGUGGGCACCACCAUUGUGCUCAUUAUAAGUGUGUCUGAAGAGUCACUGCUUACAACACUCCAAGACUAGUCAUGUUGGCCCCACGGUCGUUGAAGACAAAGACGAUCAUGCCACUUAAUAAUGUGCAUGAUCUUUGAACUAUUCAUUUGCCAUUGUUUACAGUAGAGGUGACGGUGGUUCAUUAAAUAUUUAUUUAUAUUUGGAGGUCGGUAUACUUUCUCUGUCUCAUAAUGCUCCCC